AUGAAUUUAAGUAAAAUUUUAGAACCAUCACUUAACACAAACAUAUCAUGUAAAACGAAUAUCAUGUUGCUCAAACAUAUUAUAGCUAUACUUCUAUUAAGCUACAAUUAUUUUAUUUCUGAAGUUCAUCAACUUUCUGCUUAUAUUAUAAUAGAAAAGUUUUCUGUUAACAAUUUUGAAGUUAACUUCUUUUUGUUUGGAAUAGAACAUAGCUAUCCCAGUCAUCUUCAAAUUGCUAAAAGAUUUUUGUGUUCUAGUUGGGAUGCAAUUAAUGCUGCAGAGAUUCAGCAAACUGAACUAAUCACAGAAUUUUUAGUCUCUAGUCAGGAAAAAGGCACUGACUUAUUUUAUAUAGUAAAUACUGAAUUCUGUAUAUGUAUAUGUUUUGUAGGUUUAUUGGAAGCAUCAUAUAAACACCAGGGAGCAGUUGCUACAAAAUAUUAUAUUGGAUCUUUAAAUUUUCUUUCAUCACUAAUAUUUAAUGAUCGUGCCCAUUUUGCAUUUAUUGCUGUA